AUGGCAAAAAAGUACGAGGGAGUUUCUAUAGGAAUUGACCUAGGCACGACUUACUCAUGUGUUGGAGUGUGGCAACAACAAAACGAUCGCGUUGAAAUCAUUCACAAUGAUCAAGGAAACAGAACCACACCUUCUUGUGUUGCUUUCACUAAUUCUCAAAGAUUGAUCGGUGAUGCUGCUAAGAAUCAAGCUUCUUCCAACCCAACCAACACUGUCUUUGAUGCUAAGAGAUUGAUCGGAAGAAAAUAUAGUGAUUCUGUUAUUCAAAAUGACAUACAAUUGUGGCCAUUCAAGGUAAAAGCUGAUGCUAAUGAUAAACCCGUGAUUGUUGUGACGAGCAAGGGAGAAGAGAAGCAUUUUUUGGCUGAAGAAAUAUCAUCUAUGGUUCUCUCUAAGAUGCGGGAGAUUGCAGAGGUAUUUUUGGAGUCAUCUGUUAAAAAUGCAGUGAUUACUGUACCUGCUUAUUUCAAUGAUUCACAGCGAAGAGCCACCAAAGAUGCUGGUGUCAUUGCUGGCCUCAAUGUAAUGCGGAUAAUCAAUGAACCUACUGCUGCUGCGCUUGCAUAUGGCCUUCAAAAGAGAGCUAAUUGUGUUGAAGAGAGAAAGAUUUUCAUCUUUGACCUUGGUGGUGGAACUUUUGAUGUAUCUCUCCUUACAAUUAAGAAUAAUGCCUUUAAAGAUUUGACACUAGUGUUCUUGAUCUACAUGAUGAGAUUUUUAUUUUUGAAUCAUCAUCCAAUGUUUGUUGAUAGGAAUCACCCCAAAGGCUAUACUACAGUAAAGGCACCACUGCAGUAA